AUGUCAAUCGGUGGCCCUUGUCUCUGGGUGCCUUCGUUGUCUUCGCCCGUCUCGUCGCCUCUAUCUGCAGGCCUCUCUCAUCUGUCAGCCGUUGCUCGUCACGGAGACCGCUUUUCUUCAGCACCGAGAACAAUCUCACCGCUACUGUCACUGUCGAGGGAAAGAGAGCCUGGUGCUUCUAUCGGAUUACCAUCAAACAUGCAGCGCGCUGGUUUUAAGGCUGAGAAUGCCUUGACUCCUCCGGUCCCUGUGAGCACGGCUGCGUCUAGGCCUUAUUCUGGGGGAGAGAUCUCCCAUGAGCGGCCUGACAUGGCGAGAGACGAAAUGCUGCCCCGGGUGAAGCUGGAAAUCCCUGGUGGUAACGGGGCGAACUUCGCGAUAGCAAGGCCGCGCGUCGGUGCCGGUCACUUUGGAGAUUCGACAGAUGCUUUGAUGAGCGUUAACGAAAAGGAUGGCCAUGACAACGACAACGAAUCUACUGUUAGUCCGACGGAUGAGAGAGAAGGAACGGUCGGUCCCGAUGAUAGCCAAACGUCGCCGUCGCUGGAGAAGAAGAAGAUGAAGCGAUUCCGUUUGACACAUAACCAGACACGUUUCUUGAUGAGCGAAUUCACUCGCCAGGCUCAUCCAGACGCUGCUCAUCGAGAGCGUUUGUCUAGGGAAAUCCCUGGGUUGACGCCACGACAAGUGCAAGUGUGGUUCCAGAACAGACGGGCGAAAUUGAAGCGUCUGACUACAAACGAUCGCGAGAGAAUGCUAAAGUCAAGGGCGCUUCCCGAUGAUUUCGACACGACGAAAGUGUUGAGGACACCAUUUGAGCAGAGGUCCAUGGGCCAGACACCCAUUGCAUCCCCUCAAGACUAUGGGGCGCCGAAUCCAGAUUUCGCAGCCUUGAGGGGGCUUCGCACCGACUUUGCUCAGCGCCCGACUGAAGAUGACUAUCUUGUCUCGCCUCUCAGCUCAGCAUCGACCGCAGGAACAUACAUGUCCUCUGCUGGACAGGGACGGAAUGACGGACUCCCGUCGCAAAAUAUGAUGUAUGGCCGACCUUCUGCGUCUGCAUCCAUGUCCGAUCUGCACAGAACCAUCCGCAGCGACUAUUCCAUCACUAGAUCGAGCAGCAUGUCGGAGCCAUCUACACAACCUCCGUCCUACCACCACGGAAUGCAACCCCCCACUCGAUAUGGCGCUCCCGGUCAGCCCGGUCUCCCUUACGGACAGCAACCGUAUGGAGUUCCUCAACAUCACGGCAGAAUGAUGUCGACAUAUGACCAGCACCAGCCAUUCGAAGGUUCAGUGUCACCAACAGAUUCACAGGGAGCACAGAUGCCCUACGACAUGAACAACCUAGGCACACAACCUCAAAGCUACCAGUCACAGCUAGCCAUGUCGACACAAAAGGACUAUAGCGGAUUGGGAUUGAACACGCAUAUUCCCCCACACGGACGGCCGAUGUCUACCCUGCAAAGCAUCCCCGUCUCCGCAUCCCAGGAAUACCGACCUUACUCCUACGGCGCCUCCUCCAUCCCAUACACCCAAGCCAACAAUGCUUCAACACUAAGCCUGCCCUCUACCUUCGCCCCGUCCGAGUCAGGAACCGCGGCCCAGGACCACAUGCAACAGAACCCGCAAACCAUCGAAUCCCUUCGGAGCAAAUUCGGUAACCCAUCUUUCAACUACGCAGGCUACAUCCAACAAUAA